AUGCAUCAGGCUGGCCACCAUCCCUGGCUUUCUGCAGCUGUGAACGGCUCAGCGGGGCAGGUGCCCCAGAGGCAGCUUCCGGAGGUGCUGGGCGGGACCUGGGAACCACCUCAAGGGGUCGGGCUGCCCCUGCUAACUGUCAUUGUCACUGCCUUUGUCUUGCUGGCAGUCUGUAUCGUGGUGGCAGUCCACUUUGGGCCAAGGCUACACAAGGGCCAUGCCACUCUCGCCACAGAGCCACCAUCCCCAAAGCCAGAGGGAGGCAUCUCUCUCACCCGCUGGCGAGUGCUGGGCCGUCAGGACAGUCAUGAAGAUGCCCAGCAGGAACCUCCUGGCUCUGACUCCUGCCCUGUGCCAGAUGGGCCCAGGUUCAGCAUUGAUGAAGUCACAUUUCUGUAG